GCCGGAAGUUAUUUAAAUACAAAUAUUAUUUCCGGAUUAUUAGCUAGCAGCACGCUCGACAAACGGCCGACUUGCUGCUCGGCUCUAGCACACCACAACGUCCUACCGCCUUGUCUGGUGUAAAUAGCGCUUCUCUUCCAUGGCGACGGGACAUUUGUCCAAUGCUCCAGUUCCUAUGCCCUUCAGGAACUCAGGAACGGGACGCUUUAUUUAUUUACUACUCCAUCCCUAAACUCCCCGCUACUGUGGGAUGGUUCACACGUACCAACUGCUCAACCCAUUUUUAUGCAGCUACCGUAGGGAGCAAUGAAGGAAGUAAGCCUCAAGGAUGCGCUGGGGGCAAUUGGCUCUGAUUUGCAGAGGAAUCGUGUAGCUGGGCUGGAAGAUCUCAAGCAUAUCCUUCUGCUGAAUAGACAAACGCCUAAGCUGAAUCACCUCACUGAUAAGGAAUAUCACAAAAUUUUCGAAACCCUGUUUCGAUUCAUAUCUACCGAGAAAUCCACCUACAAGCGCGCGAAGCCUUCUACCUCCAAAUCUUCAUCGGGAACGAGGCUUACAAAUUGUGCGUCUGCCCUUCGAACUACCGUUGAGCUGGGUGUACAUAAAAUCCGCCCAAAAACCGUGACGGCUUUGCUCUACCAUGUCGCCGAUGCGAUCCAAAACCUGGGAGAUGCACUAUGGGAACCCCUUAGCGGAGACUACAUAAAGGUGAUAAAGACUAUAUUGCAGUAUCCACCACAUUUGGAACACUUGAGCAAGGAUGUCUGGUGUCAUGUUGUCGAUUUUUGCUUUCAAGCUAUUGGUGUCAUAGAACCCAACCAGGGGACCCAGCUGAGCAUUCGAAAUCGUACACGUCCUCCAUCUGAGAGCCCGGGCGGCCCCGGCAGUCGUGCCAGUUCGAUGGAGCCAGGCGCUCUUCGACGCAAUAAAAGUUCCGGUUCCGAGACCAGUACAAAUAGUGACGAGCUAGAGACUUGCAUUCAAUUGCUAUGCUCUUAUCCUUCUAGUCCUAUCAUUGAUAAUGCCAAAAAGCUGAUCGAUGGCCUUUUGGACUAUCUGGAGUCGCAGAAUAGCGUCUCUAGGACUCCUUAUGCAGCAUUUAGCGCAUUCAAUUCAGUUCUCGCAAAGUCGAUAACGGAUGACACUGCCCUUGUUAGAGAUGCUCUAUUGGAUAUCAUCCCGAUAAUCAAACGAUUCUGGCGUACGAAAUCUGGUAUCCUGAAGGAUGAAAUGCUGGUAACGCUGAUGCUUGGGAGACCUAUUUUUCUUCAAUAUAGUCUCUCAUCUCCGCCAGAUUCGUUUGUGGAAUCACUCCAAGGCCUAACUGAGCAGCUGUAUCAAGAGUACUUGAGACAACCCGAAAAGGACUUGAUGCAAGUGGAUGAUUUGGUAUUUACUUUUAGCCCAACUCCUCGACCUAUGGGCAUUAGGAUAAUGGCUCCGCGCCUGGGAGUUCCUAAGUCUGAGCAAAAUUGGACCACUUUGCAAACAAUUGCUAGUUUCUCGACGCUUUUGGACAAUAUGUACCUCACUCUAGAUAAUGAGCCACAAGCAACCGAAAGACCUAAAAAGAAACAGCAUCUCCUGUCAAGGAGGUCGGAUAUUGUUCGUGAAGCCUCGACUUCUACGGGAGUAACGAGAAUAUGCGCGCUGCAGUUGCUUCCAUUCAUCUUCUCAGACCGCGAGCCCGCGACUGAAGAGCUCUUAACAACGCUAGAGCAGCUUACUGUAAAUAUUUUAGACGAGAACGGCUCUACUGCGUCAUGGACCAUGAUAGCAAUUGCAAGCAUAGCUAGCUGCGGUGCCGCUACAUCACAGGAAUUGCGACCUUUGUGGGCUCAGGCUUGGGAGCUGACUUCUCGCGCACUCGGUUCUCCUACAACAUCUAGAGCUGCCUGUAAUUUGCUGACUGCAAUACUGCAUUUUAAACUACUAGAUUACUCAAUUGUAGUGGAUACAGCUGAAUCCAUGACAUCUUCCGUUGAUAUCAACGGCCCCUCAGGUUUGACCGACUCAGCGCUGCUUAUGUGGGCAAAGAUGGUAGAGUUCCGAACAAAGAUCAAUCCUGCACAGAGCCAAGACAUGUCAAAGCAAAUAUGCGCAUGGAUAAGAAAUAGCUGGGCUUUACCUGACCGCGCCUAUACGAUGCAAAUUGCUACUUUUGCACGACCCCUAGAACUCCUCAAUCUCUUGAUGAGUUGCACCGGGAGGUCUUUUGAUUUUCCUCAUCCUGUUCUUCCAGGGCCGCUUUGCAGGAUCUCAACAUCUUUCUUCAGGCUCCGUCAGGAUUACGAGCUGAUUGAGUAUCUGCUUCUCACACCCCGAGAAGGCCAUGCGAAUGAGGCCACGGCCGUUUCCUCAAAGCCUACUUAUAUUGGCUUCUCGGUGAAACCACACCCUAAUGACCAAGUUAUUCUAGAGCUUCUUCAAACGAAGAUAGACAAUUUCAGUCAAAUUUGGAGCCAGUUGAGCAAUGAUAAACGCCAGCACGUUACCAUUGAAAUAAUUCAAAUUCUAGUAUCCCUCUGCAUCACAAGCACCAUAUUUACUGAGUCCCUUCCGUUCCCUGUGUCAUUACGGUGUCAGCAUCUACAAAAGUGUACUAAAAAGUUGUGGAUAAACCUCUGCAAUUUUUUCUCCAGGAAAGAGGUGGAAUUUCUUCAUGCCUGCUUGGAUAUUCUGGCUCCGAUCAUUCUGCCUUUGAAGCUGGAGAUUGACACUAGCGAUCCGGUUUUGAGAGCGGUACGACUGAUCGCUCCCGAAUUUAUUGCCGUCUUAAAUCAUCACAAGGGUGCGGAGCGCGACUCGUCUCAUUGCGCAGCUGACCCAAUGGAUCUCGAUGAUCAAUUUUCACCUCAAGAAAGCCACACAAGAGAUGGCGAUUUCUUUCCGAAAUUCGACCGAGAAGAUACCCCUGCUUAUGAGGAUCAGAAUUCAGUUCGCCGCGCAACUGCAACACACCUACAUAUAUUAUAUCACCUCGCUGGCACAAGCAAAAGCUCCGAAGUCCCUACGAAUGAGAGCUUAGUCGGCCAUAUCACGUCGCUUGACACGGUAGAUAUUCUGGCCUGUCGACCUAAUUUGGCACUUCUUCUUGGCAGCUGGCCUGAUAUUUCUAGAUCUGACGCCUGUAGUUUGCUUGUGUUCUUCGGGGAAACAAUUCUGCGGUCUUAUGAGUUUAAGAUGUGUGAAGCCGCUUUGUCCAUCUGUAUUGAACUUUCGACGGCUCUUAUUGAUCAUUGGAUUGCCGAUGAGGGGGACGACCUUUAUGAAUGUGCUCUUGAUCUUUACAGCUGGUAUGCGUUAAUAGUUGAAGAAAGACUGGGGUCUCCUAGAGUCCUGAUAAGGAUUGCUACGUUGAUGGAGCGUGUCCUCCGAGCUGACCCAUUGUAUCCAAGGGACAACUCGCGGCCCUCACCUCGUACAAUCCUUUUCAAGAUCUUGCACGACGGGGAUCUAACUGUGAAAUUCCACUUGUCCAAGGUUAUUCCGUCAGUGUUCGACCGGUUUAUCCUCAAAGAACAUGAUGCUAUCUUUGAUGAUAUUCUGGAAAACCUCCCCCGUGACCCUGACUGGAACGAGGGCAUUGCUUUACGCCUAUAUCUCCUAGCACAACUAGCGUCCAGAUGGCAUACCCUCCUGCGCCGUGGAAUAUAUCACAUAUUUGAGACCCCAGGGCAACUUCCUAAGUCGGCACCAUAUGCGAAAGCCUGUCUACAGGAGAUCACACGCUCUCUCGGCCUCAACGACCCCAAAGAAAUUUUUUGGCUAUUUGCCUCUCAGAUGAUAUACACGUGGCUAGAAACAGAAUCUUUGGGAUCAAUUCCGUUUACCAUAUUUGGUUAUCGGACGCUCAACGACUUACUAAUAGACGUCCAGGACGAAGUUGUAGCCCAAAUUGUGAUGCGUGGCAAGGAUGAUGAGAUGACAGAGAUUUCCACUUGUUUGAGCGUGCCAUUCCAAGAAUUGCUGGAGGACUGCUUUUAUAAAGCUGAGGCGUACUGCAUUGCACGCGACAUCAGCAUUCCACCUUCGCAGGACAGCCAGCCCAAAGGGACCCAGGGCCGCAUCAAGAAGAUUCUAGGAACUGAAAAAUUUGGUUCUUUACUGGAAAGAUAUUUCCCCGAAACAAUUGCCGUAUUUUUCAAAUGCGUGGAUCAAACAGAACAUAUGGGAAAAGGCUUUGAAAAGCGUCCUCCCUUCAAAUACGCUCUAGAUAUCUGGAAAGACAUUGCGAGAAGAAGUGUAUCGAUGGCCGUUCUGCCAGCCAGCCAGCAACCAUCUUUCCGAGCAAAAUACCUUCUCGAUGAGAUCGACUUCCUAUGUGCGCGGACCGGAUAUGAUCUCGAGACAAUGUGGACACCCGCUUUGGUUUGUUUUGUCGCGAGGACAUUGAUAGAAUCCAUUCAUCCGUCCCUGGGCUCACUCCAUGCAUGCGCUGUGAUCCGGAAGCUCAAAAUUCUUAUCUGCAUCGCUGGGUCUGUGGUUCUGGAAGAAUAUCCGCUCGAAAUGUUGCUACAUUUUCUAAGGCCGUUUCUUUCCCACUUUCAUUGUUCGGAAGAUGCGGUUGGGCUUUUCUGGUACCUCGUCGAUAAAGGCAGACCAUAUCUACUGGAAAAUCCCUCCUUCAUGGCGGGGCUUGGCGUCUCGACUCUUGCCUCACUUCGGGGGCUUCUGUCCUCUUCUCAGGAGAGCACUACUCAAGAAAUGCAUUUCAGGUCAUCCCUGUCGAAGGCGCAGAUUUUCCACGACUGGUUUGCGAAAUUUUUGGACCAAUAUGAAUCUCCAAAGCUUAGCAAGGAAUCGGAGAAGUCGUUCCGAAAUAUUGUGCGAUCAUCUCAGCGCAUCAAUUUAGUUGGAUGCGCUUCAAAAGGAACACACGAAGGUGAACUUUUAGCAAGCCUUUUGCAAGAUAGUGCGGCCGACGAGAGAUUACUAAGUGCUCCAGCGACUGAUUUGGUGUUUUCUCUUAUCUGCAAGCAGUUCCAGAGACCAACCAACUUCCGGGAUGAUAUUUUGGGGGAAGAUCAGAUUGCCGCAGGAAACGCGAUGACUGUUUGGAACACUAUCCAGCAUCAAGAUCACGGUUCCGGUUAUCGCCUCUGGGCCGCCCGUGUAUUAGGCCGGGCGUAUGCAUCGACAGGAGUGAUCAAUGGCUCCAUGCUCAAAGAAACGCGAUCAUCUUCCUCCGAUGAUAUCCCCGAACGCAUUAGAUUCACAUCCAAAUAUUCUAUUAUCCGUAUGCUUUGUAAUUCGUUGCUUUCAAAUAGUCGUCGGGAUAUUGGACUGGCUGAGCGAGCCUUGCAGAACAUUCUCACCAGACUCCCUUCGGAUCCCGAGCUCGGAGAAUGCGGAUCAGCCAUUCCUAGUUCACUCGUUAAGGCGCUUACCUGGACACCAUAUCUAUGCCCGAAGCUGUCUUUGACUCCUUUCCAGAAGGCCCAAUUCGAUCAUGAUAUUCGCUGGAUUCCCAAUGUAUCCGCUGAUGAGUGGGCUCGUGAUGUCACUCUCUGCUUAACGGUCCAAGAAGCCACCGACUCUAUAAUUGGUUCGUUACCAAAAGUUCUUUAUGAGAUACCAGCACUUGCGACGAAGCUUCUACCAUAUAUUCUACAUGACAUGCUACUCUCCGAGUAUGAAGGCAAACGAACUGUUCGUCAAACUGCCUCCGCAGUAUUCCGGCAAGCAUUCCGUGAAGUCCGUGAUACCACGUUUCCACACAUUCGGCUUAUAAUUCACUGUAUUCUAUAUCUAAGGCACCAAAAGCUGCCUCAAGAGCAGACCAUGAAUCAACGAGACGCCUGGCUUGACAUUGAUUACCUGGAAGCUGCACAUGCAGCAACGCAGUGCCAAAUGUAUAAAACCUCACUCCUUUUCGUAGAAAUUCAUUUCUCGCGAACUGCGUCAACUCGACGGUCAGCGGUUUCGAAAUCGCCUGACUCAUUAUUGCUCCUUCAUGAUAUCUUCAAAAAUAUCGAAGACCCUGAUCUAUUCUACGGUAUUCAACAGAGUGCCUCUCUGGAUUCCGUUCUUGAAAAGCUCCAGCAUGAAAGCGCUGGGGUUGGAUUCAAAAAUCUUUCAUUCCAAAGUGCCAACUACGAGGCUGAGAUGAAGCUCUCCAGCGCCAUAGGAGAGACAAACUCCCUUGGUCUUAUACAAGCUCUAAAUGCCACAAAUUUCCAAGGUGUUGCAAGUGCAAUGUUUACUGCCCCUACCAGUAACGGGAAGAGGGCUGAAGUCUUUGAGAGCAUGCUUUCAACGUCUCUUUACCUCCAACAGUGGGAUAUUCCAGUGCCCUCUACCUCAACCUCCGCCGCUGGCAAUAUAUUCAAAGCCCUGCAAAGCCUGAACUCGUCAGACGACAAACUGCAGGUCGGCCGAAUUUUGGACAAUUGUUUCUCAGAGGUUCUUGGCCAUUUUGAAGAGAAUCAAUCCCACUUUGAGCUGCGUACUGGGAUGAGAGCGAUGGGUAUAUUGGCUGAAAUAGAUGAGGUUAUGUGUUCGCAAAAUCCGGAUCAGUUACAGGAUGCAUGGGAAAGAAUACAAGCGAGGGGAUCGUGGCUGAAGUUUGAGAGUUUCCGGGAUAUAAGCCUGAUUCUCUCGAGCCAUGAAGCCUUGUUCUCAUUGAUCAGUCGACAACCUCACAUAAAGUCUAUGCUUAAUCUGAGUUCCCAUGAUGCUAAAUUAUUGGAGGUUAAGGCUAUCCGAGCAUCCCUAAGGAUAAGUAGAGAACAUGAUGAACACCAAGCAUCGUUAAAAUCUGCGAUAUGGCUUUCGAAACUAAUUAAGCCUUGUGCUGAUCUCGGCGUAUUCAUUGACGCUGCAGCAACAUUUGAUUUGGCCAAUGUACUUUGGGACCAGGGGGAGAUGACAACAUCAAUUCAAAUGUUACAACAGCUCAACAAGCAAAACAACCUCCAGACACAAUCUAUUCCGGUGAACAAGGCAGAGGUUUUGGCUAGUCUAGGUCGCCAUGUUGCGGAAGCUAGGUUACAAAAACCGGAUACGAUUAUGCAGGAGUACCUUUUCCCCGCCAUAAAGGAACUAAAAGGUAGAUCUGAAGGGGAGGAGGCAGGGCGGGUAUUCCAUGAAUUUGCAGUUUUCUGUGACCAACAGUUGCAGAACCCAGACGGCCUAGAAGAUUUUAGAAGAAUUGAACAAAUCCGCCACCGAAAGGAGAAGGAAGUGCUAGACCUAGAGCAAAUGAUGGAAUCAGCUAAAGGCAAAGAGAGAGAUCAACUCCUAAUACAUAGAGUCAGAGCGAAACAAUGGUUUGAACUGGACGACAAAGAGUACCAGAGGCUGAAAGAGAGUCGGGUAUCUUUCCUUCGCCAGUGCCUGGAAAAAUAUCUCCUUGCUUUGAGGGCUUCCGAUACGUUCAAGAACAACGUCCUACGAUUCUGCGCUCUCUGGCUGGACAAUUCGGAGAGCGAAGCAGCCAAUGCAGCUGUCGCAAAAUAUAUUAACACUGUCCCGAGUCGAAAGUUUGUGUCAUUGAUUAAUCAGCUGUCGUCACGCCUGCUCGAUGUUGAGGAUAGUUUCCAGCCACUGUUGGGAACGCUCAUUCUUCGGAUUUGCAUGGAGCAUCCAUACCACGGAAUGUAUCAAUUAUUUUCCAGCAGCAAAUCCGCACGUGGCAGAGACCAUAUGUCUAAUUCACGAAGUCGAGCCGCUAAUAACUUAGUCGAUAGGCUGAAAAGCGAUCCUAAGGUACGUGAUACGUGGUUCACUCUGCACAACGCAUGUGUCGGCUAUGUAAGGUUUGCAACGGACGGGUUAGACAACGGACUCAAGAGCGGUUCAAAAGUUGCACUUAGAAAAUCGAUCACUGGACAAAAAUUGGAACAGGACGUCAGGAGACAGCAUAUUCCACCACCUACCAUGAAAAUUGAUCUCCAGAUUGAUUCAAAUUACAGCCACGUACCCCGUAUUGUGCGGUAUCUCCCGGAAUUCACGGUCGCAUCAGGCAUCAGUGCUCCCAAAAUCGUCACUGCUAUCGCUUCAGACGGGCUUCAAUAUAAGCAACUCUUUAAAGGAGGAAAUGAUGACCUGCGGCAAGAUGCCAUUAUGGAACAAGUCUUUGAACAAGUCAGCAAUUUGCUGCGAGAGCAUAGAGCUACCCAACAGCGUAACUUGGGCAUCAGAACAUAUAAAGUAUUGCCUCUAACUGCGAAUGCGGGAAUCAUCGAAUUUGUGCAAAACACAAUUCCCUUAACCGACUAUCUAAUGCCCGCCCAUCAGAGGCACUUUCCCAAAGAUAUGAAACCCAAUGCCUGUCGAAAGGCUAUCAGCGAUGCGCAGCCAAGAUCGUUGGAGCAUCGAAUAAAGGUUUUCCGUGAAGUAACAAAGCAUUUCAACCCGGUCAUGAGAUUCUUUUUUAUGGAACGGUUCAAAGAGCCCGAUGACUGGUUCAGCAAACGGUUAGCAUACACACGAAGCACGGCGGCGAUUUCCAUGCUAGGCCAUGUGCUCGGCUUGGGUGAUAGGCAUGGUCAUAAUAUCCUGCUGGAUGAGAAAACAGGCGAAGUGGUUCAUAUCGAUCUAGGAGUGGCCUUUGAGCAAGGACGCGUGCUGCCAGUGCCGGAAGCGGUGCCGUUCCGUUUGACUCGUGAUCUCGUCGAUGGUAUGGGCAUUACCAAAACGGAGGGGGUAUUUAGACGCUGCUGUGAAUUCACUUUUGAGGCUCUACGCCGAGAGUCGUAUAGUAUCAUGACGAUUCUAGACGUCCUUCGCUAUGACCCGCUUUACAGUUGGUCGUUGUCUCCGCUGCGUAUCAAGAAAAUGCAAGACAUGCAAGAAGCCGCUGGGGGUGCAACUCAGGCCAGCGAAAGCGGCAAAAGCAAGAACCCUAAUGAACCUAGCGAGGCUGACCGAGCCUUGACAGUAGUCGCAAAGAAGCUUGGGAAAACACUUAGUGUAGCUGCCACUGUCAAUGAGUUGAUUCAACAGGCGACAGAUGACCGGAAUCUUGCUGUUCUGUACUGCGGUUGGGCUGCAUAUGCUUAGAUCGCUGCGGCAAUUUUACUGGAAAAUAUUCUGGUGCAUGAGAGAUUCUUGGAACCUAUCUUGUAGGUUGGAUGUGCUCUUCCUGGCAAUAUAUAUCGGUAAAUCUGAAGUGCACAUGUAUAGUAGAUUUAUGCCAAGUACAUAACUUUAAGCAAUUUACCGUAUUCAUGCGCAGGAGCCUUUUUAAUGUAUAGAAUAUAUUAAUAUUUAUAUCCCUCUCACUGGUUCUGGUG